GGGCGGACUUUACCAUUAGGCAAAGGUCGGCAAUUGCCUUGGGCCCCGAGCUACCUAGGGGCCCCCAAAAUGCCCCAUUAACUUGCUUAAAGAUUUUUAUUUUUUUUUACUUCGUGCAAAAUAUAUAUUUCUAAAACUCCAUUUGCGAAAAAUGGCAUCAAAUCAUUAGUGUCGCAGACAGGAGGGCCCCCCCCCACCUCACUACAUUGGACUAUUCCAUUAUUUCACUUACUGCGCAUCUGCGAAAGUGACAAGGCUGUAAUGCGCCAAAAAACUGACGAAGAAGAAGUGAUUGACAGUGAUAGACAUUGUGUACAGAGAGAGAGUGUUGACAGUAAAAAUGAAGCGAAGCUACCCAAGCGGUGCUGAAAAAAGGAAGAAACAGGAGGAAAGCAAAAAGUUUUUAGGAAAAUUGAUGAGUAAUGAGUACUAGCAGUCACUAGCCGCAUUUCCACUGUCGGCCCAGUGCGAGCCAGGGCUUAAAAGAGGCCGUUUGUUUGCAUGCUUUGUUAUAUAUUCAAAUUCAAAAUCAUCGAUGUUUUAACUAUAGAAUUGAUUUAAUUUAUCAGGACUCAAAAUUAAUCACACAUAAAUACACUUAUUUCUAUUUUAUUUAUUUAUUUUUAACGCUUAUGACAAUAGCCUGCUUAUUCAGUCGAGUCUGUCUCUGUUUAUUAGCCACAGUAGCCGUCACAUUUAGAAUGAAUGAUAAUAUCUCUAUUUUUUAUAAAAGCUCCCGAACAAAAAACAUUAUUAGGCUAUAUUCUUUUAUGAUAGGCAACGUGAGAUAAACUCGAGACGAGGCUUGUGAAAGAUAAUAUAAGUUACUUAAUACACGAUUGUGAUAGAGAAUAAGAAGCUGACGUCUGAUUUCUUCAAGCGGUUACUGUGUAACGUUAAUGUUUAGCGUGCAUAGUCUUUUACAUCGCUUAUAAAUAUUUCUGCCUUGUUUAGUGAUUAUAAUCCACAUCGGAUCAAGCAAACACUUGCUGCGAACUAAGAGUGAGUUUUGAGCUCAACUUAUUUUAAAACGUCGUUAAUGCUGCUGUUAAAGCUGUUAUCUUUCUGAAAUUAUCCGCGCUGACGCUCUCUAGACACGGAGAAACUCCGCCUUUGUUCAUGACCCCUCCUCUAGCCCCAGCUGGCCCGCUUUGGCUCAAGGUGUUCGUCGGGCCAAAAAACCCUGGCCGAUGGCCCCGAGGAAGCCCCGGCGAGGCACGAUCAAGCCCCGGAAGUGACAGUGGAAACGCGACUGGCCCUGGCACUGGCACGCACUAGCACGCCCGGUCCUAGCUCGGUAGUGGAAACACGGCAGAUGUUUAUACAUCAUUGCUGUGUGAAGACUGCUGAAGAGAAGUAACAAGUAGGGCUUUUUUUUUUUAAAAUAAGGAUUGACAAAAGGAGGGAAACAAGAGAUGUAGAGGGCCCCAUGUCUGUGUUUGCCUUGGGCCCCAAAAUGUCUAAAUCCGCCCCUGGCCGUACCUGUACUGUUCCCUUGGAAUAAUUACUCUCUUGGAGAGAGAAGGCUUGGAGUUUGGGAAAGGAGAACGAGACCAGAGAGUAUGGAAACUGGGGAAUAUUAUGAACGUAUAUCUACCAACGACCACGAUUACAGCGCAGCACCGCAGCCCGCGUUUUUUGACUUGGUUCUGGAAGAAAACGAAAGGCUUCGCGAAGAAAUCGACCAUGUGAGGCAGCAGAUGGAACAGAUGUCACUCAAACAGCGUUUUGGGCUUCAGCGAUUUACCGGUUCUGACAGUGACAUCCGUUUCUAUACCAGGUUUUCAUCUUAUGAUCAUCUGAUGCGGUUUUGGCAGGUUAUUGAACCAUCACUGAGAUUCAUGGUUCGAGUAACCAGAGCAGGAACUGCAAACAUUGAAUCUGAAAAGCAAAGUGCUUCCAUGUCCUUACAGGCAAUAGAUGAACUGUUCCUCUUCCUGAACUACCUUGCCCUUGGUCUGAAGCAGAGGGACCUAGCUGAGCGGUAUGGGGUGCAUCAAUCUACUGUAAGCAGAAUCAUUCUGACCUGGAGCAAUUUCCUGUUCUCUGUUCUUGGUUCACAAUGCAUUUGGAUGACUCAAGACAAAAUUAAGGAACACUUGCCAUCAGAGUUUGAAGACUACCCAGACACCACCACAAUUCUGAACUGCACAGAGCUCCGGUGUCAAACACCCUCCUCCCCUUUACUUCAGAGUGAGGUAUACUCAAACUAUAAGUCCCACUGUACCCUGAAGGGAAUGAUUGGCAUGGCCCCCCAUGGCGCUGUAACCUUUGUUUCCUCCCUUUUUGCCGGCUCAGUAAGUGACAAACAGAUCUUUGUAGAGUCAGGUAUUCUUACUCUGCUUAGGCCAGAUAUGGCAAUUAUGGUCGACAGAGGCUUCCUUGUGGAUGACUGUGUGCCCUGUAAGGUGUACAGGCCUGCAUUCCUCGCUGGGAGACCUCAGAUGCCAAAGCACGAGGUCAGGGAGACCCAAUCUAUUGCACAUCUCAGAGUGCACAUUGAGCGCCUAAUUCGUAGACUUAAGGAAUUUAAAUUCUUUGAUACGGUCAUCCCCAUGUUUGGGAGCAUAAAUCAGCUUUAUGCAGUUGCAUGCCUACUGUUAAAUUAUCAGAGUGGGCCACUUGUAAAAGCUUGGGCUAAGUAAAAGUGCCUCUUGUUUUUAUCCUCUCUUAAUCCUUGUAAAUAUAUCUUAAACAUGCCUCUAGAUUUCUUCUCUGUAUAUAUCAUUCAUCUCAUAGUUUAAACUUAAAAUCUAUUCACAAAAAAUCUGAUUAACUGUAAUAUAAUUACUUUUGUUGUUUUUACAUUAUUUCUAUGUUUUGUACUCUUUGUUAAUUGUAUUUAACUUUUCAAUAUUUGUUAACUAAUGAAGUAUAAAUUCAGAACACACAAACAAAUAACAUGUUUAUUAAAAUACAUAAUUUAAUCAGUUAACAACAGAUCCUGUACAUUUGUGGAAACAAUUCAAAAUAAAGCAUGGGGCAAAAAAUAUGUACAAAUUGAUGGAAACUGAUUGAAUGGCUUGAAACGUUUCAAGCCAAAAGUGUUGGAAGAUAAAAGUAAAAGUAA